AAGAAGGUAACAACACAAGUGUGUGUGUGUGUGUGUGUGUGUGUGUGUGUGUGUGUGUGUGUGUGUGUGUGUGUGUGUGUGUGUGUGUGUGUGUGUGUGUGUGUGUGUGUGGACUUUUCUGGGCGAGCUGAGGUUACCCAACUUGUUCUGGGCGGGUCAGGAUGAGCCUCCAGUGGACGGCCGUGGCCUUCUUUCUCUAUGCAGAGAUCGCAGUCGACCUCAUCUUGUGCGUGCCUUUCAUAUCGGCACCGAGGUGGGGGUGCAAAACCACGGAGUUCAAUAUGGCGCCUGGUUUUCCGCUGGGGAAUAUGGAAGCUGUUGUCCCCUUACUGGAGCAAGUGCUUCUUCACCAUGAUUAUGGUCCUCCUCGUUCUUUUCCUCGAUGCAGCCCGUGAGGUGCACAAGUACUCCAGUCCCGAGUCCAUGCAUGAGGCCCAGGUCAACGCCAAUCUCUUGGACCACCUUCACCUGAAGCUGUUCCGAGCUCAGAGGAACCUCUACAUCUCCGGCUUCUCGCUCUUCCUGUGGCUCGUCACGCGGCGAGUCGUCGCCCUGCUGAAGCAGACGGCCGUCGCCGUGGAGAACAACGCGGGUCUCCAGGCGCAGACCGAGAGCGCCGCCCGAGCGGCCGAUCGCCAUCAAGAAGACAACCGGGCGCUCAAACAAGCUCUCCUGGCUGAAGACCAGGCCGUCGCGGAAGAAAACCGUCAACUCAAGCUGGAGACUCAAAACCUGUCCACUCAGUUAAAGACGGCCAAGGAGGCUGUGCACAAGUCCCGCGCUGAAGUCCAGGCCAUGGCCAGGCAGACCCGGGGGUUCGAAAAGGAGUACGAGCGACUGCUGAAGGAGCAUCACGGGCUGCAGAAUCUGAGUGACGCAGACAAGAAGGUUCAAUAAUAAAGAAUGGAACAUA